AUUCCACAACCUGCAGGUCUCACAUACGGUUUUCCUUUGACAAUAGUCGAAGUCUUGCGUGGAAUACCAUGGCACUGGCUCGAUCCAUGAGUGGACCAGGAGGCUUGAGCAUAAAUACUAGUUCCGCCAAUUCGCUGUUUGGAUCAAGUACGACACCUGCAGCUGGGGGAGGAAUGUUCGGAAGUGCGCCAGCGAGCAAGCCCACUACGGGCCUCUUCGGCACGACGACCACCUCUUCUGCUCCACAGACAGCCGGCUUGUUUGGAUCAACGCCGCAGGCACAAGGAGGAUUUGAUUCGAGUACGACAACAUCGCAGGCCCCGACUGGAGGAAUGUUUGGAUCGACCGCGCCAACAUCGCAACCGCAGGCUGGAGGACUAUUUGGUUCUACGCAGCCACAGCAAACAGGAGGGCUGUUCGGAGACACAAAUACUUCUCAGCCAGCUCAAACGGGGGGACUAUUUGGAAAUACCAAUACUUCUCAGCCAGCUCAAACGGGGGGACUAUUUGGAAAUGCCAAUACUUCUCAACCAGCUCAAAAAGGAGGACUCUUUGGAUCAAAUAUGAGCUCCCAACCCCAACAGCCUGGUGGGCUUCCGAAUCUCGGGCAACCAGCACAGCCUACAGGCGGUGGACUCUUCGGAUCGAGUACUACACAACCAACGCAAGGAGGUGGACUGUUCAGUGGAUUGAAUAACCAAAAUCAGACUAAACCUACGACCGGUUUAUUUGGAAGUCUAGGAAGCACUCAACAAAAUCAACAAAAUCAACCCCAACAAUCCUCGAUGUUCUCCUCACUCGGCCAGAAUCAAAACAAUCAAGGCAGUGGCCCUCAGAAUCAAGGGAAUGGCUUGUUUGGAAGCACACUUGGUGGAGGCUUAUCCCUCGGCCAAUCCAACAAUCAGCAGCAACAGACAGUUCCAGGCGUCACUAUAGACAUGACCAAUAUUCGAAACACCACACGAUUCGGCGAUCUGCAUCAAGACAUUAAAAAGGAGAUCGAAAACAUAGAUGCUGUUAUCCAGGCGCAGAUACAAAUGAAGAACCAAUGCGACGCAAUCAUGAGUUCUCACAACACCCAACUCGCCCAAAUUCCUCACGAUGUCGAGUUCUGCCAACGGAAGUUGAUCGGAGUCCAGAAUGCUGGCGCUGGAGAUGUGUAUUCAAUCAACCUGGUCAAGAAGUACAUUGAUACUGAUGUCCAACACGCAAAAUUGAGCUUCAAAGCCAUCGAUAACUUAAAACUGCCGCCUCAAUAUCACAAUUCCGGUAUCUGGUCGACGAAGACAACGCCUAGCAGCAACCAGGGACAAACCAAUGGCGAAGGCGGCGCACAAGAUAUGGUUUCAUUCUUCUCAUCUACUGCUGAUGAACUAGCAGCUACGUUGGCGAGCUACCAGAAGCAUAUUGUCGAGAUCGAGCAACAUUUGCGGGGCGUGGAAGGAAGCAGUGCAGCACAACUCAACACACUGAUUGCGAAGCGAAACGGCAGUUUUGCAGGCAUCGAGGAUCCGAUGGAGCAGCUGACGGGCGCAUUGCGGGAUUUUGAAGAGAGCUUGCUGGGUGUUGCAGGCGAUGUGGGCGCCGCCAGGGAGGGGGUGCAAAGCCUGCAACUUGGCAGAUUCCCAGGUCCUACGAAUGGAGCCAAGAAGGGUCCUAGAUCUGGUGUGUAUUGAUGUUUAUACGAUUUGAGGUCGAUGGAUGCCAGGAGUCUGGCGUUAAUGGCUGCAUAUGGGAGGAGAGCAUUUGGGCGAAAGAGUAUUGGAAAACAGGGAACUGAAUGUACAAGAUACCAAUAAAUAAAGAUAUCCAUCGGUCAAGGCCGCGGAACUGAUAUCUGUGCUCG